AUGGCUCGCAGAAACACCAGCGUGGUCACCGAAUUCACCCUCCUGGGCUUGACUGACAGCCCUGAACUGAAUGCUGUCCUUUUCAUGCUGUUUCUCUUGAUCUAUCUCAUUACUGGGGGCGACGUUUGGGUUAUGGCACUAAUUCUGGCUAGUGCCCAGCUCCAUCCUCCCAAGUACUUUUUUCUUUGCCAGCUGGUUUUCUUAGAUUUCUGCUAUUCCUCAGUCUUCAUUCCUAAAAUGUUAGCGAACUACAUAGCAGGACAGACGGCCAUCUCCUAUCCUGGCUGCCUCCUUCAGUGUUCCCUUGCCACCAUGUUCCUGACCACUGAAUGCUUCCUCCUGGCUGCAAUGGCGUAUGACCGGUAUGUUGCCGUUUGCCACCCACUUCACUACAGAGGUCUCCUGACCCCCGCAUUGUGUAUGUACCUGGUGACGGCUUCCAACCUACUAGGUUGUCCUAACUCAUUCAUUCACCUGAGUGGCUUGCUCAGCCUGUCUUUCUGUAGGUCCAACGUCAUGAACCAUUAUUUUUGUGAUAUUCCAUUGCUUUUGCAACUCUCCUGUUCUGACACCCAGUACAGUGAGGUUUUAUUUUCUGUCGUCUCUGGAGCGACAUCAGUGAAUACCUUUCUGAUAGUGGUUAGUUCCUAUCCGGGAAUCCUCCGGACUGUCUGGAAGACACACUCGACAAGGAACAUGUAUAAAGUUUUUUCCACAUGUGCUUCCCACUUUACGGUAGUGACUCUCUUCUACAGAACAGUAAUAUUUUCUUACCUGGGAACCAGCUCUAGCUACCAACAGGAUAGAACCAAAAUCCUGUCCAUGUUUUAUACCCUUUUGCUGCCAAUACUAAGUUUUCUGAUAUACGGUGUUAGAAACACAUAG